GGGUGGGGGAGGCCCCACGCCACAACGCCCCCGUGCCCGCUCGUCCGCAGCCCCCUGGAGCCCGCCCUGGGAGCCUUCCUCAGCCAUGAGGACACUGCUUGGAGCACUGUGGGUCAUUCUGGCCUGCGGCUCCGUCCACACCACCCUGUCCAAGUCAGACGCCAAAAAGGCCGCCUCCAAGACGCUGCUGGAAAAGACCCAGCUCUCGGACAGGCCAGUGCAGGAGCGGGGCCUGGUGGCGGCGGACGUCCGGGUCGAGGACGUGGUUCUAGAGCAUCGCAGCUACUGCGCGGCCAGGGCCCGGGAGCGGCUCUUCCCCGGGGAGGUGCUGGGCUACGUCACUCCGUGGAACAGCCACGGCUAUGACGUGGCCAAGGUCUUCGGUGCCAAGUUCACCCAGAUCUCGCCCGUGUGGCUGCAGCUGAAGCGGCGUGGCCGGGAGAUGUUCGAGGUCACAGGCCUCCACGACGUGGACCAAGGGUGGAUGCGGGCCGUCAGGAAGCAGGCCAGAGGCCUCCGCAUCGUGCCGAGGCUCCUGUUUGAGGACUGGACGCACGAGGAUUUCCGUAGUGUCCUGGACAGUGAGGACGAGAUCGAGGAGCUGGGCCGGACGGUGGUGCAGGUGGCCAAGAGCCAGCACUUUGAAGGCUUCGUGGUGGAGGUGUGGAGUCAGCUGCUAAGCCAGAAGCGUGUAGGCCUCAUCCACAUGCUCACCCACCUGGCCGAGACUCUGCACCAGGCCCGGCUGCUGGCUGUCCUGGUCAUCCCGCCAGCACUCGCCCCUGGGACCGAGCAGCCUGGCACGUUCACCCACAAGGAGCUGCAGCAGCUGGCCCCCGUGCUGGACGGCUUCAGCCUCAUGACGUACGACUAUCCCAACGGGCUACAGCCCGGCCCCAAUGCACCCCUGUCCUGGGUGCGAGCCUGCGUCCAGGUGCUGGACCCCAAGGCCCAGUGGCGGAGCAAGAUUCUGCUGGGCCUGAACCUGUACGGCGUGGACUAUGCCGCGUCCAGGGAUGCCCGUGAGCCGGUGGUGGGCACCAGGUACAUCCAAAUGCUGAAGGAGCACAGGCCCCACCUGCUGUGGGACAGCCAGGCCGCCGAGCAUGUCUUCGAGUACAAGAAGAGCCGCGGCGGGAAGCAUGUGGUCUUCUACCCGACUCUGAAGGGUCGGGGGGGUCCGAGUGACACCCCCGCUGCAGUCCGUGCAGGUGCGGCUGGAGCUGGCUCGGGAGCUGGGUGUCGGCGUGUCUAUGUGGGAGCUGGGCCAGGGCCUGGACUACUUCUACGACCUGCUCUAGACGCCGGGCCAGGUGGCCGGACUCGGGGACGCACUGGGCAGCUGGCCCGGGACUUACAGCCAGAAUACAGCCCUGUGCACGUGCCUCACACCGUGUGUGCUGUGGUCUCUGUGUGGUGCUGGCGAGGGGCCCGGGAGCUGGUGGCCAGCGCUCACCGCGGCUGGACAGCAGGCCCAGAUGACACCGGCGUGAGCAGGGGCCCUGCCCAAGGACACCCCGAGCCCCAGGGUGACUGACUCAGCACCCCCAGU